AUGCCGCCACGAAGAAGCACGCGUCUAGGCAGCUUUAAGAGAUUUGCGAAUGAAGCUGGAGUUACAUGCACUGGGGUAGUUCGAGGACCUCGCGGAACCCAUUAUACCUUUUACGUCGCUGGUCAAACCGAUCUCGAAAAGGAAAACAUGAACAGCAUUGUUGAGCCCAUUGACCAUACGAAUGCGCUACCAGUUCCUGCACAUUCAACCAGGAAGAUCGGGUCAGAUUGGAGUGACGGUACAGGAGAGAUUCCAUGCCUGAGCCUCGAGCGACUUGCAACUUUGCCUACUCGUGUAUCCGAACCAUCCGCCAUACCCAUGGGACCUGACUAUUCCAUAAGCGCCCAUAGCUACUCACUCGACUCUGCAAAAGGGGCCAACAAAGCUAAGCCUACUGACCUGGUGGAUGACUCGAUCACGACUCGUCAUGACCCCUUUGAUACGAGAAAUGACCCCAUCAGGCCCAAGCAGAGCGGUUCAGAAUGCGGCCAAUACUACUCGCGGACAGAUUUGAAGUUGAUAGACCUAGGCACAGGUCAAGAUGCCUUUGAAGAUGACAAGCCCCCAUCGGAUGGUGACCUGAUUAAUUUAUACGAGCAGCUGUCCAACAAAGUUCUUCAUGCACUAUAUCCCAGCGUGUGGACAAAAAAUGGUUUGUGGAAAAAAGAAUAUGCACAUCUCGAAAGGCCACGACCAAAACACGACAAAACUAUUCAAGAUAGAGAGGGUAUGCGUUGGUGCAUACUCUUCGGGAAAGUAUUCCAAUGUUGUCCGGCAUCCAUCGCCCCGGGUUGGACUCGUAUUGUCAUAUCAUUUGUUCGCAGCAGUCAAUCUUAUCCGGUGUUUGGCUCAAAAGGUAUGAUACAACGCGCAAUAAGUGCUGGCAAUGCUUGGAUCCAACUUGAACAGGAGCGCCCUGCCCUUCUCGUCGUCAAUGCUAGAAGUUGGGUGUCUAGUUCUGCGGAUCUCUUAUCCCCAGAAGGGGGUAUUACCGAAAUCCGACGACUCCUUCAAGCCGCCAGCCAGAGGCAAAACCUGACUGUCGAAAUCGUUUCAGUUGGAAUUGAUGCAUUUAGCACCAACGUGACAAGUAUGAUUCAAUUCAGAGAAGAGUUUAUGAAAUUGGAUCUGCGAUUAGUCUACAUCGUACCACCAACUUUCCCGGAGUCUGAUGAAGUCUACAUGCAACGCUCAAAUGGCAUUCGCUACGCUGAAUUUCGACUUGACGAUGUUGCUGCUGUUGGGAGCCAGAACUUACAUGGUUAUAGGAAUGAGAAAGAUCUCGUGAAAUUGCUCAACCAUAUCAAUGCGUCAAAAAAGCAUCUCAUUGCAGGAGACAAGUAUAUCACUUGGACACAGGGGCGCAACGCUUUUCGGGUAUGCCCCGACAGCAUCCUGAGUUCUGGGGUCAAUGAAGGAUUAAGAAUCAAGAGGAACUUUGAAGACUAUGAUCAGUGA